UCCACACAGGCGAACCUACAGAGGCUCAGAAAAACGGUCUCGCCUGCAGACACACACUCACUCACUCACACACACACACCGCUGUGGGCUGUGGAUUCUCCAUCUUACUCCACACAUCUGCAGGCCAUUUUGCUGGCGAGCGUGCCAACCCCCGCCUCAGGGAGCAGGAGUAUGGAGAACAACAUGUGACCGAUACGCACGCCACUGCAGACAGCAUGCUUCGCCUCCACCGGACCUUGGCUCUCUUCUUCUGGUAUCUGUUGCUACUUCACAGGCAGGCCCUGGCAGACGAAGAGGCUCUCUGGGGAGCAACACCACCGCGUGAGAAUCCCCCCGAGAAUAAACCCAGCUCCUAUUGGUGGGCCCCGUCCCUGCCAAAGAUCCCUAAACCACCCUCACUGUUCUGGAUCCCCUUUUAUGCUAGCUCAGAUGGCGGAGACCAAACAGCUACAUUCACCACAGCUGUUAAAGGGCUGACCGAUACAAUUGAUCCCCUGCAAGACCACUCGGGAUCAGGGGAAGAGAGCAUUUCUGAAGCGUCUGAACUACCCACCACUCUGACUCAGGGGCUCCUAACCAGUGUGACGAAGAUAAGAACUGAAUCACUUCCCACAUGGACAUCAGAUUCUCCACACAGCAGCGGAGUUCAGAGCCACAAUGAUGCUCUUGUUUCAGACUCCUACUCUCCCACAAGCAGCUCCGUCAGAAACACUCUGUUCGCCGACAGCGCGACCAGCACUAACACUCCUGAACAAAACGCAACACAUACCCACCCACCAUGGGGCACAACACGAGUAGACGAACCCAGCAUGGGAGCCACCGCUCAACACCUCCCAACAGAACACAGAGUUUAUCAGAAAGAUGAAGAUUUACCAGGAGAGGUUUCUUCAACGAUAGCGCCAGAGACGACUGUUCCCACUGCCUUGACAUGGGCAGCAGCCAAAACCACGACAAUUAACCCGGGAAGAGUGGAGACCACACUAACCAGCAGACAGCCUCUGAGGCCCGUCGAUCAUUCUCCCUCCCCAGAAACAACAUUUGUAAAAGACCCACAACGCUCCACAACUGUGGGCAUUUCUCGCCAUGCUGGAGAGGCCACAGUGCCCGACGCUCACCCUACCCAGACCGGCCUGCGCUUCUCAGAGACCAGGGUGAGCGCCGCAGAGGAACAGCCAUGGAUAAUCUCCACUGCAAUGGGAAUUGAUCACGAAGAAGUCCUGGAAUCCAUAACGAGCACAACUCAGAGGCAAGGGGUUAACUUCCCAAUCACAGGAGAGCUGCCGGGCAGACAGGAUAAGGACGACGAAGACGGCGCACUUCCUUCAGCCACAGACAAGGACGAUCACAAAACUCUGGCAGAUGUCUCCACGCCAGCCUCUAAGCUGCUAACAACAUCCCUGCCACAGAGCACAGGCACACACCCAGACCAUCCACAUGUUUCUCUGAGUACUGAAGACUGGACGUCAAGUCUGGCGGGCAGCGACAUCACUUUCCUUCCAGACUGCAAUAAAGAACACUCUGGUAUCUGCAACCCCUCCGAAACGUGGGACUCUGCAACCUCUGUGGGGCUCCAACCCACACAGAACACCACUGCUAUGAACCACACCAUCAACCCUUUCCUAAUUCCAGCUCCACCCAUGUUGGUGCCGCUGUACACGGACUGGAAUAGUGCGAUGGCCGUCUGGGGCCUGGCCUGGGAGGCGCAUGUCUACGGUGCCGGGUGCGUCUUCGCGAUGCUGACUCUGGCGUCGGCACUCAACCUGCUCUGUCUACCGCUCCGGUGCCCGUCUGGCUGUGGCUACUUUGCCCUCGUCAGCCUGUUUUUGCUAGCUGCUGGUUGUACCAGAUCCUUCUCGCUUCUGUAUGACGCCUAUGGCCACCAGGAUCGUCUACCCUCGACAGAAGCCUCCCUGAUGCUCUACGAAGCACCGUUCCCCUGCCUCACUGCAGCUUUCGGCCUGGUCUUCCUCCUCCUGUCAAUGCGCUCGAGGAUGCAGCUCUCCUACUCGGCCUUUCAGAGACCCUGCUUCCUGGCCUGCCUUGUAAUCCUGCACUUUGCAGCAGCAUUCGGGCCAGUGACAUUACUCAAGUUCUACCAGCAAGAGCCGCCGCUAUGCCUCUUCCUGUCACUCAUCUCCCGUGGAGCCUUUGUGGCCCUUGCAACAUUCUUAUCCACUGCCUACUUUGUCUUCUACAUCUAUGUGCGGGCGGACUCAAAGCACAUCUACCACCUGAAUAACACAUCUCCAACACCGGCUGAACGUUACAACCGCUGUCCCUUCGCCGAGAGUCGCGACUGGGACCGAGCAGCUGUGACUGUUUGUCUGUCGGCGCUGUUUUCUCUCGCUUGUGCAGGACUUCAGCUGUACGCAAUGCUCAAUGCCAUGGGUGUUGCGGGUGGAGAGGAGGUCUUCCAUCCUUGGCCCUGGUGGACUUUCCAGUUCAGCUGCCGGCUGUGUGAACUUGGGAUUUGCCUCACUUUGGCCUUGGUCGUUGCGCAGCCAGUGUAUUGUUCUGACCAUCUCCCAGCUGCUGGAAGCUGCUGGACCGAACUCUUAGCAUCCAAGUCCCCCAUCCUGCCUGGAAGCUACCAGUGGACACUGAGCCAGCAAGAAAAGCUUGCAAUAGUUGACACUGUUGGGCUUGGAGAGACGGAGAGCCUUCCUCUGUACACCUUGAUGGAUGAGAGGCUUGGCAGCAGUCUGAAUGGCCUGGACCUCCUCUACCACAGCAACCGCGCCUUGGCAUACCGUGACCUGGACUUGGAUUUGGACACUCGGGGUUCAGAGAAGCCGGAGGAUGCAGGAGGCAGAGAAGCCUCAGGUGGCUCCUCGUUCACCAGCGACUCUACGACGGACCUGCGGCCACCCUCGCCCAUCAACCUGCGCCGCAGCAUAGAUGAGGCCCUCUUCAGCGAGGCCCUCUUUCCCAUGAGCCUCUUCAGCCCAGCCAGACCUCUCCGCUGCAGCGACGUUUCCAUGAACAACCACUGGACACUCCCCAGCAAUGGUUUCUGCGAUCCCAUCUCGGCAGAUCCUGGCCUUUACCGGACCUCCUCGUGUGUGGAGAUGACGUCUCAACAAGCCGACAAGUCUAAAGGGGACGACGUUGAAUGUACUCCGAAAUCUCCUUCUUCGGGUUCCUCUUCCAGCUCUUCAUCUCAAGAUCAUUGGCGAGGCAGUUCUUCUUCAUGUUCACUCUACAGAACCUCAGUCGGGGGUUCCUCACUGAUCCUCUGCCCAAGCCCAGAGAGACAUGCGCUGCAGCUUCUUCAGGAAGGAGACACGGGCCUGGUGGCGUCCUCUGGCCACACUGAUCCACAGAGGCACUAUCAGACCCUGGGAGCAGCCUCGCAGGAAAGCCUGGAUCUGGAUAUGUCAAGUGAGGCAGACCGAUCCGUUCAGGAAGAAUUCAUCAGCGUCUGCAGACAAAUCGAUGCUUUAAGCAUCUGCAGCGAGACUAUUGAUUUAUAAACGAGUCUGGUUAAACAAAAGCUAUAUUAGAACGUCAGGAUGGGUGGCUGCCCUAUGCAGACCGUUUGAUAGUGCACGGUAGCUCUGCAUACGCCAUGAAAGACUGAGAGCUGUCAAAGGAAAGUUUUGAGGAGGCAGUCGUUAGGAAAUGUCAGUGAGGGUCUAAGUGCCAAGAAUGUCAAAAGCCAAAAGGUUAUUUGUAACUUUUUCAUGUUUGAUAAAGGUUGGUGGAGUUUGAUACGGUCUAAAUAAUAGUAACAUUUUACUGAGUGGUGUUAGUACAAGACUUGAUUUGUACAAAUGUUUUUAAUGCUUUCAAACAUUCCAACAGACAGAACUGUGACUUAUUUAAACGCUUAAUACUACUGAAGUCAAGACAUUUCAAACUCCAUAUAUCAUGUUCAAGUCUUUAUAUGCUACAUGUUUCUUGCAGUUAUAGUGCAGUAUCGCCCUCUGCUGGCAAAAGGCACGCCACAUUUAUCAAAAUGCCCUAUUAUGAUCCAGACAGCAUCCUCUAUGACCAGCUCACUAAUUUAUUUAUGCUCAGAUAUAACAUUGCUCCACAUGUUUAAUAAAGUUUGUUUUAUAAGAUGUGUCAUCUUGUCCUUGACUGAUGUUGCAGGGCUAAAAAAACACACACACACAGCUUGCAGUAGUUUUUAUUCUUUAUUACCAUAAACAGCAAAAGCAACUUUCCUCUGUUGAGUUUUACUGUAAACAUGAUCUGAAGAGAUAUUCCUCAAAAUCCCAUCUUGGAUUCACUAAAUACUGAGUCUUUUCUGUCCAUCUAAAAAGCUCCGUCACUGUUCAAUGGACGCUACUAUCGUGUUGUGAGGACUGUUGAUUUUUCCACACAAAAUGGUAACGAAAAAGAAAGGGAGACCAUAUCAAGUAUGAGAUAUUUGUGCUUUCCAGAUGGACUUGCAGGACUCGGUACUUGACAUGUAAGACAUUUUGAAAACCUGAAUUACAUCUUUAGGUGGGAAAUUGAAAACAAGCAGCAGUCAUUUCCAAUGGUUUAGAAUUGUAAAUAAUUCUCCA